AGAUUCCUCUGUAAAUAGAGUUCGAAAACCAGAGGAACAAGCGAAUAAUUAAUAAGGCUUAGAAAUUCUUCUUCGUAGAAUUUUGUUUCAGGUGUUUGAUCAGAGCUCCUUUAUUAAUUGGGCUUCUGGGUUUCUUACAGAAUUAAUCAUGGCAUCGCCUAUAGUAAUAGGUGCUACGGUCGGAACCGCUGCAUUGGGAGCUAGGUAUUUGAUGAGAGCAUGGCAGGCCUUUAAAGCUCGCCCCGUAAUUCCGCGCGCACGUAGAUUUUAUCCAGGUGGAUUCGAACAAGUCAUGACAAAACGAGAGGCCGCCUUGAUUCUUGGAGUGAGGGAACGUGAGGUUCUACAGAAGAUAAAGGAGGCGCAUAGGAGAGUGAUGGUGGCGAACCACCCCGAUGCUGGCGGCAGCGAUUUCCUUGCUUCGAAAAUAAACGAAGCUAAAGAGAUUUUGAUGAAGAAAACGAGUGCAGCGGGUUCCGUAUUUUGAUACUCGAAAACUCGAAAACGAAGCAUCUUGAAUACUAUUCGAAUUUUUUGUAUUUUUUACAGAAAAUACUAUUUGAUAUUUAUUGAGUGUCUUCAUUAUCCAACAAUUCUUCUAAAUUUCAUAAUUAAUAAUUACUAAUUUAAUAAUUGAAAUUAAUUAAUAUUUGAGGGUU